AUGUUCUGGAUUGGGGUUGUGGAAGGAGCUUGCUGGCCUCUCUGGAGAAGGAUGGCCACGUGGUCCCUGUGGAGUCUGCUUCUCUGGGAAGCCUUCUUUCCCGCCGCCGUCCAUGGUGCCCAAGUGCACGGCCAGGUCGGGGGCUCCGUGCUGCUGGCGGCAGAGUGCCCCCCUGGCUUCCAAGUCCGAGAGGCCAUCUGGAGAUCGCUCUGGCCUUCGGAGGAGCUCGUGGCCACGUUUUUCCGGGGCGCCCCGGAGACUCUCUACCACUCCCGCUUCCUGGGCCGAGCCCAGCUGCACAAGAACCUGAGCCUGGCGCUCCAGCCGCUGGAGCCGGGAGACAGCGGCAACUUCUCUGUGCUGCUGGUGGACACGGGAGGUCGGGCCCGGACCCAGAUUCUGCAGCUCAAGGUGCACGAUGCAGUGCCCAGGCCCGUGGUGCAAGUAUUCAUCGCUGUGUCAGGGGACGCUCAGCCCCCCAAGACCUGCCAGGUGCUCCUGUCCUGUUGGGCCCCCAACAUCAGUGACAUAACCUAUAGCUGGCGACGGGAGGGGACCACUGACUUUGGUAUUGAGCCAAGCAGCCUCUUCGUGGAUGGACAGGUGCUGAAGGUUUCGCUGGGACCAGGAGACAAGAGUGUGGCCUAUUCCUGCACUGUCUCCAACCCUGUCAGCCGGGACGUGGCCACCGUCACCCCUUGGGAGAGCUGCCAUCACGAGGCAGCCCCAGGAAAGACCUCCUACAAAGACAUGGUGCUGGUGGUGGUGCCCGUGGCCCUGCUCCUGACCCUGGCUGGUCUCCUCUCUGUCUGGCACCCCUGCUACUCAGGGAAAAAGCAGAAGGACAUCUGUACCGACAGAGUGGCUCCAGAGACGGAGAACCCCCUUGUGUAG